AUGAUUAAGGUGUUAAAAGAGUGUGAAUCGGAAUUAUUUCCAAAAUUUGUGGCAUAUGAUCUCUCUAAAUUACCCCCCGUGACGUUUGAUCAUAUCGAUGUAUCUAGAUUUUUAGUUGAUAUUCGAGUUUUACAAGAAGAAUUACAAAAUAUAAAGGUGCAAAUGAGAAAUAAAUGUGAUGAAGAAGUAUUUAAAACAUGCGUUGAACAGUUGAGAUCUGAAAUCGUUACUCAAAAGGUUUGCGAAUCGAGUAAGAACAAAGCGCUUCAACCGUUGCCGGUUUCAAAUUCGAAUCGUGAGCGUCAUGCGCGGGUUGUUGACCCCGGCCCGGUGGAUACGUUGAGUGUAAGUACGAGUAAUAGAAUUGAGAAUGUGUCAUUACAAGCUUCGCAUCAGCAUGAGCCUAAGAAAAAUGCAACAUACGCUUCCAUAACAGCUAUUACAUCACCUGAGCCGCGUUCAUUGCUAAAAAAGCACACAGAACAUUCAAAUAAAAUUGAAGAAAAUCCCAACCCGUGGAUCAAUGUAACAUAUAAGAAAAAUACUAACAGAUUUCAAGGGAAGUUAGGUAUAGGAAAAGUGGAAACGGCGAGCACUUUUAAAUCAGCUGAUAUUAAAGUUCCUUUGUAUAUCUCGAACGUUGAUAAAAAUACAAGUGAACGGGAUAUAUGCGAAUACGUGCAGAGUAAAACUCAAGAAAAAAUAACUAUUCAAAAGUUAACAAUGAAAGAGGAUAAACAAUAUUGUUCAUAUAAAAUCUUUGUAUCAAGGAAUAAAUUAGAUUUAUAUUUGAAUAGUGAUAUAUGGCCAGAAGGUAUUAUGUUCAGAAGAUUUAUUCAGUUUAGGAAGUAUAAGAAUAACAGUCAAAAUGGAGAAAAA